AGACAAAAUAAAAGGGGGAGCUGCAAAUUAUGUUCAGCUACUAAUGGAGAAGAGCAACUCAUUUCCAGAAUACUCAUCAUCCUUUUCAGGAGAAUUGGGGUUCCAACAUAAAUCAAAUUCAUACACCUUCAACGGCCCAUGCAGCAAAGGAAAUGGAUUCGCCACAUCAACCGAUCCAGAGCUUAAAAGGAAGAAAAGAAUAGCCUCCUAUAACGUUUUCACCAAGGAAGGUAAGGUUAAAUCCAGCGUUAGAAACAGCUUCAAGUGGAUCAAGAACAAGCUCACUGAUGUUCGUUAUAGUAGUUUUUGAUUACUUUUUAUAUAUAAUUUAUUGAAUAUCUUUGAUACAAUUCAAAGGUUGUUGAGACUUUAAUGGUUUUGCCAGGUCAUUGUAUACAGUUUGUUGUGUUUUCUCAUGGUUUACUUUCUUGGAAAAUUUAUAUUUUCUCGAGAAAACAAUACAAAGAGAUGUUGAAACUACUUCUGUGUGCAUGGAUGUUAUUGGGGGUGUAAACUGGGUUAAUGAUAGUAUAACUUAUGUGUUUCUUUC